AUGACUGAAUUACCUUCGUACGUUCCAAUCGAACUUGAAACCACAACCUUUGACCUUAUCGUUGUUGGGACAGGCAUCCCCGAAUCAGUAAUCGCCGCCGCAGCCUCUGCCACUGGAAAAACCGUCCUCCACCUUGACCCAAACCAGUUUUACGGCAGCCACUCCGCCUCUAUUCACCUUAAUGACCUCACUUCCUUCCUAAAUUACCAUGCUAACCUACCCUCCACCACCGCCGCCAAUACCACCUCUGUAAGUAGCAGCCAUGAUUUCACCGCCCUAAAUCUCAGCCUCCGAUCCCUAUAUUCCAACGUUGAGACUGCCAACUAUGCCCCCGAAACACUAGCACAACAUUCCACAAAAUUCAGAGUCGACCUUGGCGGGCCAAGGGUUUUUCUUUGCGCCGACAAAGCUACCGACCUUCUGAUCAAAUCGGGCAUAAACGCGUAUUUGGAUUUCAAGGGCAUCGAAGCGAGCUUCAUUUGGGAUGGAAGUGGGAGGCUUUGUGAUGUACCGGACUCUCGAUCAGCAAUAUUCAAAGACAAGAGCUUGAGUCUUCUAGAGAAGAACCAACUCAUGAGGUUCUUCAAGCUUGUUCAGCGGCAUUUGGGAGCCUCUAACGGGGAUGAUGAAGGGAGGGAAAGUUCGAAGAUUUCAGAGGAGGAUUUGGAGAGCCCCUUUGUUGAGUUCUUGAAGAAGAUGCGGUUGCCGCCCAAGAUAAAAUCGAUUAUUCUGUAUGCCAUUUGCAUGGUAGAUUAUGAUCAAGAUAACUUGGAAGUUUGUAAAUCUGUGCUUAAGACCAGAGAUGGGAUGGAGCGGUUAGCCCUCUACCAAAAUUCAAUUGGCAGGUAUGGUGCGUCUGGGGCUUUGCUUUAUCCUACUUAUGGUAUUGGGGAGUUAUCACAAGCCUUUUGCCGUCGCGCUGCUGUUAAAGGUUGCAUUUAUGUUCUGCGAAUGCCAGUGACUGCUCUGCUUAUGGACCAGAAUAGUGGACAGUACAAAGGUGUUAGAUUAGCUUCAGGCGAGGAUUUUUUUAGUCAUCAGCUGGUUUUGGAUCCAACCUUCAUAGUCCCUUUGCCACCAGCUUCAUCUCCCCCAGACCUGAGAGAAAGUUUUCAAGUUUUAAGUCUGAAAGAUGAUAAAAGAAAGGUGGCUAGGGGAAUAUGUAUAAUUAACAGUUCCUUGAAGCCAGAUAUAUCACAAUUUUUGCUCAUAUAUCCUCCUAGAUCUUUGUUUCCUGAGCAGGAUACUUCAAUUCGGGCUCUCCAGAUAGGAGGCGACUUGGACCAAAUGGCUGUUUGUCCAUCAGGCAUGUUUGUGUUGUACUUUUCUGGUUUAUGUGAUGAUGCAGGACAGGGGAAAAGGUUGCUACAUGCGGCCAUGAAUGCUCUUCUCACCCUUCCUGUUUCUGAAAGUGGUUCCGCAGCUGGUAGUGAAGACACAGAAGUAAAGCCCACCCUGCUUUGGAGCAUGUUAUACAUUCAGGAGCUCACAACGGUGCCCACUGGUCAAUAUGAAAAUAUCAUCUCCACUCCGAUGCUAGAUGGAAAUAUUAACUUCAGUGAUCUGAUAGAAUCAACUGUGGUGCUUUUCCAGAAGAUGUAUCCAGAUGAGGUAUUCUUUCCGGAGACACCCUCCUCCCCUGAGGUGCCUGAGAAUUCAGAGGAUGAUACCGAGCUUAGUCUAGAGAACUAA